GCAAGAAAAACCAAGCGCCCGAGGAGAAUGAGAUGAGCUUCAGAGAGACUGAGAGGCAUUUAAAGCGAAACACAAAGACGGAGAGGUCGAGGUAAAGAAGUGAGCGUUUGUCACGUCGCAGAGGGGUGGAGUGGGGAAGUCGUCGGUUGGCUGCUCAGUCAGGAACGCCGGGGAGACUGAGAGCUGUUCGCAGCCUGUGGAGAGAUGCAGCCAGCGGAGCUCAGCAGGACGCCGUCCGUGCGCCUGCUGCUCAUGGCGUUCGCUGCGGGGAUUGGAGGCAGUUUCCAGUGCGGGUUCAACUUCUCCUUAAUCAACGUCCCCACAAAGGAGGUGCAGGCGUUCAUCAACAGCACGUGGCAGGCGCGAUACGCACAGCCCGUGAGCGACAGCACGCUCACGCUGCUGUGGGCGGUCAUCGCCUCGGUGUUUGCCGUGGGCGGGCUCGUGGGGGCUCUCGUGGCCAGGCCCAUGGCGCUGCUCAUGGGGAGGAAGGCCGGUCUCCUCGCUAACAACGCGUUCGCCAUAAUCGCCGCCCUGCUCAUGGGGGUGAGCGAGGUGGCCACCUCGUUCGAGCUCAUCAUCAUCGGCCGAUUUCUCAUCGGGGUGAACUGUGGAGCGGGCCUCAGCCUGCACCCCAUGUACCUGGCGGAGAGCGCCCCCCAGCACCAGAGGGGGGCCCUGGCCAUGACCACGUCGAUGUUCCUGACGGUCGGCAUUCUGGUCGGACAGAUCAUGGGCCUGAGGCAGGUGCUGGGUGGGAGCCCCCUCUGGCCCGUAGUGCUGGCGCUGCCUGCUCUCCCUGCCAUCGUCCAGCUCCUCGUACUGCCCUGGUUUCCCGAGAGCCCCAGAUACCUCCUCAUCACCCGCAAGAAGCUGAAGGAGGCGCUCAAAGCCCUCCGCUGGCUCCGAGGGCGCUCCGUGAGCCUGCAGAGCGUGAAGCUGGAGCUGGAGGCGAUGAGCGCCGAGCAGAGCCACGCGGCGUCGGGCGUCGCGCGCACCGGGAUGCUGGGGGUGCUGCGCGAGCGCUCCACCCGCCGGCAGCUCGUCGUGGUGGUGACGCUCAACAUCACCCAGCAGCUGAGCGGCAUCAACGCGAUCUACUUCUACUCCACCUACAUCUUCAAAGAGGCAGAGAUCACAGAGGAGCACAUUCCCUACGUGACACUGGGAACCGGAGUGGCGGAAAUCCUGACGGCCGUGACCUGCGGAAUGAUCAUUGAUUGGCUGGGACGUCGCCCCCUGCUGAUCGCUGGCUACUCCCUCAUGGGCCUGUGCUGCAUUCUGAUCACCAUUGGACUGGCGUUACAGAUGCGCAUCCCGGCUCUGUCGUACUUCAGCAUCGCCAUCGUAUUUGCCUACAUCCUGAGCUUCGGAAUCGGACCUGGUGGCAUCCUGAACGUCCUGCCGGCUGAGCUCUUCUCCCAUCAUGCGCGCCCCACCGCCUACUCCAUCGGCGGAUGCGUCAACUGGUUGAGCUUCUUCGUCAUCGGCAUCGUCUUCCCCUUCCUUGUGAGGGCUACAGGGCCCUACUGCUUCCUCCUGUUCCUGGCGAACAGCGUGGCCGGCGUGCUGCUCGUCUGCUGCCUCCUCCCGGAGACCAAGAACUGCUCCUUCCUGGAAGUGUCGGAACUCUUUGCCGCGAGGAGGAGCGGCUGCUACGGGACGCAGGGCACUGCAGCAACGAGCGGCGAUUAGCAGAGCGGGGUCACAUUUUUACAUCUUGCCGAGGUCGCCUCGACCUUACAUAAAUGAGGGCGGCUCGGGACACGAUGCUGUGGCCGCACCUCCCGCCCCCUCCCCCCAUUCCUGCCCUGUGGCCGGUCUUAAGUAGUCGCACGCGGACAGCACGCGGACAGCUCGCGGACAGCGCGUGUCCGUCUCGACAGCGGCCCGCUGGCUCGGGAGGUCGGAGCGCUGAGCCGGCGCUGUUGAGAAUCCUGGGUUUACACCCAGGUGGCAUCCACUUGCCCUAAAAGCGCAUCGUUAAGUCACUCUGCGAUAACAAAAAAUCAAAUAAAUUUUAAAAAAACAUCUCAAGGCAUUGA